UGCCCUUUCUCUCCACUCUGUGCCGGUAAGUUGUGGUGAGCAGACGUACAGCUAGACGAGAGAAAACAUCUUCUUGUGAGAAUGUUGUACAUGUACGAGCCGUGGUUCCUGUUCCUCACCGAGGAGCGCGAUGAAUUUUGGCUUGUUCCUCGGCGGGCCGUGAUCGACCCGGCUGUUCAGAACUACCAGACUUAUCUGGACUGGACUGAUGAUCCAUCAUUCUAUUUGCCUCCGAGGGGUGGUGAGAUUUACAGUGUAGAUCUAGGUGUUGAACAUGUGCAUCGCUUGGCUGCUCCUGUGGACAUGCUACCGGGCACUACUGUUAAAGAGUGCACCCUCCUCUUCUGGGAUACUGAUCGGGAAGAGGUGGUCAACUUCUUCCAAACUUGCUUAACUCUAGCAUUGAGCAGCGCUGACCCGGACACCGCGGAUCCGGACUUCAUACAGGAUUGGCUCAAAAGAGAGGACCAAGAUGACAUUGCAAAGCAUUAUGCGAUUAAGCACAAAAUGUCAGAAUGGAUGGUUGUGACCAUCACCAAGUUGCGAAACUGUUGUGGGAUGAGUUUAAUUUACUUUCCGGCAGAUAAAGACAUCCCUGAGAGGUGGCUAGUGCCAACAGAACACACUCCUGUGAAGCGGUGUUUCUUGCCUGGUUAUCCACAGAAAGAAACAACAAGGGUGCGGCUUAAAUUAUAA